CAAGGAUGGUACCCAUUGCCUGAGCAGGAGCUUAUGCUCAGGAGACGAGGAACCCUGCUCACCGCACAAGGAUUAGCUGAUCACAAAGGCCAGACUUUGAUCUGUAUGCCAAGCCAGACUUCCAGAGAGAGAUCAGAAUUCCCAUCAUCAUGAACUGGAACAUGAUCAUCUCGGGGUUUAUUAUAGUAGUGAUCAAAGUUGCUGGAAUGACCAUAUUUCUGCUAUAUUUCCCACAGGUUUUUGGCAAGAGUAAUGAUGGCUUCAUCCCCACGGAGAGCUACGGAACCACUAAUGUGCAGAAUGUCUCACAGAUCUUUGGGAGAAAUAACGAAAGUGUCAUGCCCACAAGGAGCUACGGAACAGCCUGCCCCAAAGACUGGGAUCUUCACCAAGGGAGAUGCUUCUUCUUCUCCACCUCUGAAUCAUCUUGGAAUAACAGCAGGGAUCACUGUGCAACCAGAGGAUCCACACUGGCAGUUGUCGACACACCGGAGAAACUGAAGUAUCUUCAGGACAUAGCUGAUGCCGAGAAGUACUUUGUUGGUCUGACGCGUCAGCCGGGAGGAAAAGGGUGGCGCUGGGUCAACAACUCUGCGUUCAAUGGCAAUGUUACAAAUGAGAAUCGGAACUUCCACUGCGUCACUAUAGGCUUGACAAAGACAUUUGAUGCUGCAUCAUGCGACAUCAGCUACCGCUGGAUCUGUGAGAGGACUGCCAAAUGAUCAUGGGUCUCUACAACAAGAGCAACUAUAUGUCUACAAAGACAGCAAGAGAGAUUACUUGCAACUGAAACUAGCCCAGAAAAUACAGAACAUCCAAGACUGUGCCCAUCUCCCAUAGGGUCGAGCUUCCCGGUAAAUCCUCAGGGUCAAUAAGCUAUUCCCUCUCACAGGCACCUUCACACAACAGGAGAAUCCCUGCUCUACUCCGGGCACUCCCCAAGACCACACUUGCUGUGCUAGGGGACUGGAUUCCAGUCAUCUCAGUAUGCAGGGCCAGUUUUCUGGAGAUGAAAUUGAUGCAGACAUGAAAUCUAUUUCUGAGGAGUUGAGCAUUUUGACUGACCAAUGGGGCUUUGCCUGUAGACAGGCUCUAUUUCAUCCUUCGAGCACAUGCCUGUGCUACUGAGAAGAAACUGCAAGCAGAAGAGUUGAGGCCUGUGAGAAGGCAGUGUGGGUAGAAGAUUAAACUCAGCUUCACGACCUCCCCUACUCUCAGAAGCCUCCAUUCCUAUAUUCUUCCCUAGAAGCUAAGGAAGAAGAAGCCUUCCUCUGUCUGAAUUGAGACCAAGGCUCUCGAGAGGAUCUCUACAGUUCAACUUGGAGCUGAAAAAACAUUGGGGGAAUGAAGAGGUUUUGUAUAAGACAGAAAA